UUACGAUUCUGCGGCUAAUAUUUUGAUUAAAACAAUGGCGAUCAACUGGCGCUCUUUGCUCUUUCGAUUUUGAGGUUGAGCAAAAUGGAUGACGAACAGAGCAUUGCUCCUGGAAGUAGACCUGAGUUUGGUGCGAUUUUCAUGUCGAACAAAGCAACCAAGAAAGAAUGUUUAAGUAGAGGAUUGCUUGGCCUCCCGUGUUCGCAGUUGCACUUUGUGAAACAGGUCCAAUCGGGGAUGAUUCUCUUUCUGUUUGAAUUUGAGAGGAGGGAACUGCAUGGCGUGUUUCAAGCAUGCUCUGAUGGUGCAAUUAAUAUAGUACCUCAUGCAUUCAGUUCAUCAGGGAUGCAAUUCCCUGCACAGGUAAAAUUCAAGCCUUUGUGGAACUGUCAUUCGCUCAGUGAAAAUGAAUUUUGUAAUGCUAUCCGUGAAAAUUAUUUUUCAAGAAACAAGUUUAGGUUUGGACUAUCCGAAGAUCAGGUUCGAAGGCUUCUAUCAUUGUUCAGUUUCAAGAGGAUGAAAGAUCAGGAACCUGAGAGACAGUUGACCAGAAGAGAAGUUGCAACCCCAGAUGGCCAAAUUACUGGUAAAAACAGAAGACUAGUUCAUAAGUCUCCUAUCAGUAACCGUGUACGAGGUGAUUGUGAUGUGAACAUUAUCUCUACUAUGCACCGAGGGGAUUCUUUCUAUAAUGAUGAUAAAGCAAGCGGUGGUGGCAGAUUUGACACAUUCAAGGAUGUCAGAUAUGAAGCAGAUGCCUUCUUAAAUGAUAGUCCUCAGGAUCCGAGGGAUAAAUUUGGUCGAAACAUAGAUGAUGGUGAAAAUGCCACAAAUGAUAAGGUGGACAAUGAAUGGAAUACUGGCAUUAAGCUUCAACCAGCAGUUCCAAUUGAGCAUUCUUCAGGUAAUUCCAGAAGCAUUUCCAAUGAUGAUAGGUUUGCAGAUAGUGAUAGGAAUGAAAGAAAACGUUACAAGGAUGAUGGUUUUCUGCCAAUGGUCUCAAUAGCAAAUCAUAGUUCUUCUCAGCCUGAAGCUAAUCCACAGAUGUAUUCUAGCAAACAUGUUUUAGAAACAGAUCCAUUUAUCAAUGACCCAACUAGACCAUCAUCAAGGUUCCUUCCCUCAAUGGAGAUGGAAAACUCCAAUGUUAGUUAUCUAUUGAAUUCCGGAGAUUCAAUUGUUACAUCUACUCUUCCUUAUGAUCUUGGUGCCCAUGGCAGCAAUUAUCCGAGGUCCUUAUCUUUGGGGUUCUAUCACAAUCAUCCUUCACUGCAGGAAUAUCCUACUCAUGAUAGUUCUGUCGGUAACAUCCUUGUUUCUUCCACAAAUCUAUCGUUUCCUUCAUCGUUAGAGAAUAGAACAACCAUAACUGCAGAUGUCAACUCUAACUCUAUGGACUACAUUCCAUUGCCUUACUGUGACCAGUAUGAAGGCUCCAGCAGGACUAGCAUGCCAAUUGAUGACCAUAUGGAUAAUCUAGUAGCUGAAUACUCUAACAAAGAUCACGCUGGAGAUCUAUCACUUCUAAAGCCCUCUUUAUCUCCCGUUCUUUCCUCUGAAAUUAGAGAUAUUGUCAGGGUAAAUGUGCGGUCAUCAUGUUUUGGAACCUAUCCUCGUGAGGUUCCUUCUGUUGCCUUUUCUGACAGGUAUACUGCAUUACUACAAGAUAAACUUGAUUAUCAAGUGCCAGAGUGUGAAAAUGAUGCAGAAUUUGGUUAUGAAUGUCAUCAGCAUGGUCACUGUCUUUAUAAUGAUAACAGAGCAACCAAGGAUGGCAGGUUUGCUAUAUACAGGGAUGAAGUUACUUCAUUAAGUCCAGCUGCAUAUUGUCGUAAUCCUGAAUGCUUGUAUGCUGAUCACCAGAAGAAAAGGACUAGUGUAUUUUCUCGCCUGUCUUUCCCUCACAAAGAAUGUGAACGAGUAAGUAACACCUCUCCUGGAACUGCCGACAGCAAUUGGCAUAAUUCAGUGAAUGAUGUCAUGGACAUGCUGCAGCGAAGCCAUCACCAAUGGGUGAAGACUAUAUAUAAAUGGGACACCAGUAAAGCUGACUCGGCUAUGAUCCCAAACAAGAUAAAUGUGAAGCCUACCUCAUUCAGCAAUGAGAACAGCUGCCAAAAGAAUCUAGAGACUACUUUUGUGGAUUUCAGAUGCCGUAGUGCAGCGAGAAAGAACCUUGAAGAUGGUAAGGCUAGAAACUAUGGUGAAAUUCAAAAUAACAGUGCAUCAGCUCCUCAAUGCAAAAAGAGAAAAUUGAUUAGGCCAGACUUUGGUGUGGCUGAGUCAUCUGAUAGGGGCAUAUCAGGUGAUACUUCAGAAAAUUUAACGACUUUCUUAACAGACUGUUCUGUCAGUAAAACUGCCGAAAGUAUCAAGGUUGCAAAAUGUUGAAUUGUCGAAUAUGAUAUGCCAAGCUGCUGUUGAAAACGAUAGUAUUGAGAUGGGAACUGACUCAAACUCGGAUAUGGCAGAGAGCUUUGUUGCUUUGAAAAAUGCUGAUGAAAAUGGAAAAGAAUCGUCACAAUAUAAUGUUGAAAUUCAUCAAGUUUAUGGAUCUGUGGGUUAUAUCUCAAAUCCUGAUUCAUCUUGGAAAACCCUUUACUAAUGUACAUUCUUUGCAGGGUCCAUCUUUUGGUAAGAAAUGGUGUGGAAGCACCAGUUACUUCAAUAUGCAUGAAAUGUUCGGCAUGAAAGUAGUGUAGGUUGAAAGCUCUGAAUGGUUUUUUGGUUCAAAUUCAAUGAAGAUAAAUCAUCAUCAUGCGCCUUUCUUUUGCCACAAAUAUUCUACAAAAGAUGCAAUAUCGACUAAUGACUGCAACAGCAGGGAAGGGCCUCUUGGUUUUGGUAAGUCUUCUUGGCUUUUCUUAAGAAUUUGGGCCUUUGGAGAGUACUUUGUUCCGUGGUUUAUUAUACUGUUUGGUCCU